CGAUUGUACCACACCGGUCAACCCAAAUACGCCAACCAAGGGGUCACGGGGCCAAAAGAUAUUUAAAGGCGGACACGGAAUCGACCCGUCCAGGGACGAUCGGCGCGUGUAAAAAUUACGCUGGUCGUAAUUUAAAAGGACUAAAAAACAAAAUGUCGUGAUCGUAAUUUACAGACAUUCACGGUUUGAGCAUUCCAAAGUCGAUGUUUUGUGGGACGAAACGGCGCCGCAUUGGGUCGUGCGAGCGAGUACGUCGUAUUGAUAACGGAGUCCGAGGAAGGGUUGUUUGAAAGGGCGCCAAAAUGCUGCUCAUGGAAAGGCGUACGCGCGGUUUUUCUUUUCGUUCGUCUAAUGCUUUAUUGAUUAUGUGAAAUCAACGCCAGCCGCCCAGCCAUCUUGUAUCGGGUUUUACAAUUUUCCGUAAUUAUUAUCGCAGCGGCGGUCUCGGACGUGAGUCGUCCCGUCCACGGAGGAGCGGCUCGUCCAGGAUAAUAUAAUCGUUCCAGUAUCGUAAUUAUUGGCUGCAGUUACCGAGGCGAGACGACGGGCUGACGACGAUGACUUCCACGUUCCGUUCGAGCGACAUACUCCAGCAGAUGGACUUUGCCAUGAUCGGCACCCACUUCGCUUCCGGUCCGCUGCAAAUCGACCAGGACUUCGCGGGCAUCAGUGGCGUGCACUUCAACGGCGGCGGGUCGCAACAGCACUACGCCAACGACGGCGAAGUGACGCUGCAGCCCAACGGCAUGCCGCCGUCGUGGCAGAGCAUCGCCGCUCCCGGGUCGACCGUGGCCGAUUACCUGUCCCACUUGCCGGCCACCCUCACUCUGCACCACUUCCUCAAGUACUCGGGCGAGUCGGUGUGCAAAGACGUGCGGGACGAGACGAAACCCCCGAAGAAGAGGAAAAAACAAGGCAAACAACAACAAGCGAACGCCACGGCCGCACCGGUCAGUGAUCGCUGUCCGCCGACGACGACGUCUCCGCCGCAGGUCAAACCGAAACCCGGCCAGAUAAGGAUAACGAGCUGCGCGGACGGCACCACCAUGUUCGGGUGUCCGGAAUGCCGGGCAGAGUACUUGGACAAGCAUUUGCUCGAGGAACACCUGGGCACUCACGCCACGGAACGGCGGUUCGUGUGCGACAUUUGCGGCGCCGGGCUGAAGCGCAAGGACCACUUGACCAGGCACAGGCAGAGCCACAGUUCCGAGAGGCCGUACGCCUGUACGGUGUGCGGCAAAGCGUUCAAGCGCAAGGAACAGUUAACGCUGCACAAGGUGGUGCAUACGGGCGAGAAGCGGCACGCUUGCGUAGAGUGCGGCCGUGCGUUUUACAGGAAAGAUCACCUGAGGAAGCACGCCAGGAGUCAUGCGGCCAGGAGGGACAAAACUAAUGGACAGACGUGUUAGACGGACAGAGAGUAAUUUUAUUAGUCUAAACACGAAACGAUUUUCCAAUUUGUAAUUUAUGAUUUUCAUCCGUAUACAUAUUAUUUUUUAUUUCAAUAUGUAUAUUAUUCAUCUCUUGUAACUACUGUCGCUUUUAAACUAAUAUUAAAUUAUCCGUGAGUGCAUAUUAUAAUAUACCAUUACCAUAUUUAUUAUGAAUUUGUAAAUACCAUGUUAUUAGUCAUUAUCAAUGUUUUCCUUAAUAUUAAAAAAAACAUCUGUUAUUAAAACAAUGAAACUAAAGUUCAUUAGCAGUA